GCUUAGCUGUUUGGGUUUUUCUUUCGGUGCCGGGCCCCGUCUCCCCGGCUCCUCGGGAGAAGCGGAGCGAGGCCGCGCCCGCCUCCCGGCUCCUGCGCCCGGCGGUCGCCUCCAUCCCGCGGGGAGCGCGCCCGCCGCGCCGCCUUUCAAGCCAGGCCAGGGGCCGAGGCCGGGGCGGGCGGCGACCGGGCCCUCGCCUCCCCCCUCCCCGGCGGCGCCGGGGCUGCCCGCCCGGCUCUCGGCUCCGGGGCAGCGGAGAACCGAAAGCGCACGGGCUCGGCCGGGGCGCCGCCUCUCCCCAGGCGCCCACCCGCCUUCCCACUCAGCCAGGACCGCGCGGGGACCCCGCCAGGAUGUUCGCGGCCGGCCUGGCUCCCUUCUAUGCCUCCAACUUCAGCCUCUGGUCGGCCGCCUACUGCUCCUCGGCCGGCCCGGGCGGCUGCUCCUUCCCGCUGGACCCGGCCGCGGUCAAGAAGCCCUCCUUCUGCAUCGCCGACAUCCUGCACGCCGGCGUCGGGGAGCCGGGGCCCGCCGCGGAGGGGCUGGCGGGGGCCUCGGCGGCGCUCGCCGCGCACUUGGGCUCCGUGCACCCGCACGCCCCCUUCCAAGCGGCCGCCAGGUCCCCGCUGCGUCCCACCCCGGUGGUGGCGCCCUCCGAGGUCCCCGCCGGCUUCCCCCAGCGACUGUCUCCGCUCUCGGCCGCCUACCACCAGCAUCUCCCGCAGCAACCACCGACGCCGCAGCAGCAGCCGCCGCCGCCGCAGCCUCCGCCUCCGCCCCUGGCGGGCUCGCUGCAGCUGCCGGCUCCGGGGACGCGGGUGGUCCCGCACCAGAGCGCCUCCGCCCCUGCCCCCUCCAGCAAAGACCUCAAAUUUGGAAUCGACCGAAUUUUGUCCGCGGAAUUUGACCCAAAAGUCAAGGAAGGCAACACGCUGAGAGAUCUUACAUCGCUGCUAACGGGUGGCCGGCCUACAGGAGUGCACCUAGCUGGCCUGCAGCCCUCAGCCGGACAGUUCUUUGCAUCUCUAGAUCCCAUUAACGAGGCGUCUGCCAUCCUCAGCCCUUUAAGCUCCAACCCAAGAAAUUCAGUUCAGCAUCAGUUCCAAGACACGUUUCCAGGUCCCUAUGCAGUGCUCACCAAGGACACCAUGCCACAGACGUACAAGCGGAAGCGCUCCUGGUCCCGCGCGGUCUUUUCCAACCUGCAAAGGAAAGGCCUGGAGAAGCGGUUUGAGAUCCAGAAGUACGUGACCAAGCCAGACCGAAAGCAGCUGGCCGCGAUGCUGGGCCUCACCGACGCACAGGUGAAGGUGUGGUUCCAGAACCGGAGGAUGAAGUGGCGACACUCUAAGGAGGCGCAGGCGCAGAAGGACAAGGACAAAGAAGCUAGCGAAAAGCCUUCGGGCGGCGCCCCCACCGAGGGGGAACCGGAGGAGAGGAGCCCCAGCCGCUCCGAGGGCGAGGCCGAGAGCGAGAGCAGUGACUCGGAGUCCCUGGACAUGGCCCCCAGCGACACGGAACGGACUGAGGGAACGGAGAGGCCCCUGCACCAAACGACGGUCAUCAAGGCCUCUGCCGCGGGCGCCCUCAUCCCAGCCGGCAGCAGCGCCAGCGGAGGCGGCUUCAGCUUCGGCAGCGCCGGCAGUCUGGGUAGCAGCAACGGCAGCGCGGGGGUUGCCAGCAGCCUGGGCGGCAGCUGCUCCGAACUCCUCCAGGCUCACCAGCCCGCGGUUACCAGCAAUCCUCAAAGCCCGGAGCCUGCCCAGGCCCCGCUGGCAGGCUUAUAGACUGGGUUGACGGUGCGGCGUGCAGCUUCCCCCAACACCGGCUGCAGUUUGUGCCUCCGUUAAAGUUGGCGGCAAGGGUCGACGGGAUGGGAGAUGCCGAAGGCGGCCCCUUCGGGGGUUCACACGUUUUCUCUUGCUGCCCAGGCUGCCCGAGGCCCCAACUCCCAAAGGAGAGGCAAAUUUUGAGGUCCCCCACCAAAGAAAGAAUUCGACCCGACCGUUCUCCUUACCCAAGCAGCUCACACUGUGAAGUGCUUGGUGGAACUGUUCCUCAGAGCACCAGGGGUCUUGGCACAAGGACGCGCUGCACUUAGGGGCCUUUAACUUGUAAAUAAAGUGUUUACUACGGUUUGUAAAAGGC